AUGAACAAAACUACCAGCGCCGCUGCUAAAGAACCAACCAUCACCACCACAUUCACUCUCCGCAACCCUCCAUACUCUUACUUCCACCUGUACCUGCACACCAUCCCUCUGCACACUGACAAGGCGCUGGACGAAAUCACCCUGCGCUCGUACCUCUCGGCGGCGCUUCAGCAAUAUCUCGGACUGACCGGGGGAGCCAUCCCCGUGGACAUUUUGAAGGUCGAGGGGUCCGAUGCCUGGAUCCGCGUUCCCAGUGACGAUGAGGUCGCUGUCACGGCCGCGGUGAGUCAGUGGGUCGGUGUCAGGGGCGUGAGUUUGGCGAUUGUGGCGAGAGGGUCGUGGUUGGGCGGUGUUGUUGCAAAAGGGGCGACAAAAGGACUGUGGAGUCUGGGGUGA